CGCUUUGCUCGGCACCACCACGACCGACAGCAUUUCCCCCGGGAUUCCCGGAGCAGACCGUAAUCGUCUGCGCCGGAGUUUUCGACGAGAGGCCCUCGGCCCGCGCCCUGAAGAGACAAAGCGAUCAGAUAUCAACCGGCUGUCACAGGUCUCCAGCGAAACCUAGUUUUCUGUCCCUCUCUGAGUGCGGGCGCGAUUCCUGGUUGUUCGUCCGCAGUCUGCGUCGGCGCGACGCCGCGUGUUGAACACAACCUCAGUUUGGCCGAACGCCCCUUUAUAACCCAGGAGGCUCUCACAGUCUAGCCUAUAGGGAUGGACGCUACUCGAGGUGUUUCGUCGCGCCCCUUUGCGACUCGGCGCCACACUGCCCACUUCAAGCCUCGAUCAUCACCGCUUGCAGGGCCUGUUCUGUCAACGGAUAGCGGUCAUGGCGUCGGUGAUACGGGCGACCUGAAACCGCGAUAUCGGCCCUCCCGCAUCUCUUCCACUCCUGAUCUUCCAGCACUUGAUCGCAAUACAUCAGAAUGUUCCGAGACGGCGACGACAUCUACACACGAGACGUACCACUCUAACUAUAGCCUCGUAUCGUCGUCCCAUGCCAGCGAGGCUACCACCGUCGCUUCUCAUUCCGUUUUUCCUGAUGACAAGUCCGUCAGGCGCCGAACACUCACUUCCCUAAGGUCUGGGCGCUCAGCUAACCCUGAUUCAACCGCGCCAUUCCAUCCCACUCCAGGGCAUCGAACGACCUCAUCUACGUCCGGUCGGACGCUGUCCUCCCCUUCGACGUCUCGAAAUCCGGAUGAGAACUGGCUCACGGCAAAGACGACGCCAAGAUUCUCGAGAUAUGGGAUGAAUGCCCCGGGUGUUGUCAUGCCCGUUCCUGCUCGAAAUCACCCUUCGCGCGCUUCAGCUAAGCGUCCGCGAACUGCUCCGGGCAACCCCGAAGUUGUGGUGCCCCGAUUCAAUGGAGGAAGUAGGUCGGCGCCUUCAACAAUUGGGGUCACGGCGUCCCGCAACGCGCGCCCUGCCCACGGCCGAGCACAAACGUACUCACUGCCUGCCAUGUCUGCUGCGCUCUCCCCCCGCUCUCGGUCGGCUUCUACGCCAACCCUAAUAACGCCGAUUUUUGAAAGUUCCGAAGAGUUCAUUCAAGGGGCGGACGUCGACAACGCUAACGGAUUUCUUAUACCUCCCCCGCCGUCGGUAUCCAGCCCGAAGACGUCCAGUCUUACCAUAUCGCCGUCCUCAUUGCCGAGUCUUACGAGGUCCGAGAGCGGUGAUGAAAGUGCAAUCAUGGCAUCGGAUGUAUCAACCUCCACCAUCGGAUCUAUUGGCACCUUGGCCCCAGACCCGUCGUUGGCCUUCUAUAUGCGCGGCUCUUCAAGCGUAUAUACUGCCACGACCGUGUCAGCUGCUUCGCUGUCGGCAGAAAACUCAGACAUAGAAACGGUUAAGAAAGGGCGCAGAUUCGCUAAACUGGCCGCCACUUUCAAACGGACCAAACCUGAGAAACAACUCUCGUCGUCCUUACCCGCGGUUCCUGCGUUAAUCUUGACCGCCCACGACAGUUCUUCGGACGUCGGCGACUUUGGUCAACUGCAGUCAAAGACUUGGGUCAGUAAUCCCGACCGGUCCGACGGCCGGAAAAAGGGUCCAGGAUUGUGGCGUCGAUUCGCCAUGUCGGUGACAAGCCGUCGAACUUCUCGCGGUAGUGUCGCAAGUGGCGAAAAGCGCAAUAUGCACUGACCUUAGGCAAGCAUGACAUGGACAUUCAUCGCACUUGGACUAUAGGAUUUACCAUAAUGCCACUCGCAGUGCAGCGUCUUACGAUUAUGAUUGUGUGGCAACGUUCUAUCUUUUUGGAUUGUUUUAGGUCGUUGUGCAGUUAUGUGUAUGUAUGCCAUUUCACUCGAGCUGAGUUCAGCUUGAUAUCAACAUUUUGGGCGCGGUAGUGCACCGUACACCUUAUACACACGAUUCUGUAGCUACAAUAUUGAAGGAUAUACC